UCCAACGUUGAACGGAAGUAGAAGUGAAGGUAGCCGGAAGUAGUUUGCCGACGCUUGUUACACGCUGUCUCCAAGUUUACCUUGUAGAACGGAGAUAGCCCGCCAAAGGGACUGCCCAAUCAAAGGAUCCCACAGUGAACAUCGCUCGCAGAGAUCGCGACGCAAUUGUAUUGUAGAAAGAGAGUAUUGAACGAUGUCUUUGACUUGUUAUAUCAGUAAUGAGGUCACAGACCGUCCCUGCAUUUCCCCGGUGUCGGGUCAUAUUUUUGAUCGACGCCUUAUUGAAAAGUAUUUGGCUGAGAAUGGGACCGAUCCAGUAACGAAUCAGCCCUUAAGUGAGGACCAGUUGAUUGACAUCAAAGUAGCCCAUCCAAUUCGUCCCAAACCACCUUCUGCAACCAGUAUUCCAGCAAUCCUAAAGUCAUUACAAGAUGAGUGGGAUGCAGUAAUGCUCCACAGCUUUACAUUGCGUCAACAACUACAGACCACUCGCCAGGAGCUAUCUCAUGCACUCUACCAGCAUGAUGCUGCUUGUCGUGUCAUUGCUCGUCUUACAAAGGAAGUGACAGCUGCCCGUGAAGCUCUUGCUACGUUGAAGCCUCAGGCUGGAAUAUCUGUGCCUCAAGCCAUCCCUAUGCCACAGACUGGAGCCGCUGGCUCUGCAGAAGCCAUGGAACUUGGUGAAUUGGUUGGAAUGUCAGCAGAAAUUAUUCAAAAGCUUCAAGACAAAGCAACUGUGCUUACUACAGAACGUAAGAAGCGUGGUAAAACUGUCCCAGAAGAUCUGGUUAAGCCUGAAGAACUCAGCAAAUAUCACCAGGUUUCCUCUCAUAUGGGGCUACACAGUGCAAGUGUCCCUGGUAUUUUGGCACUGGAUUUGUGUCCAACUGACACAAACAAAACUCUUACUGGUGGGGCAGACAAGAGUGUUGUUGUGUUUGAUGCCCUGUCACAACAGAUCCUUGCUACACUUAAAGGUCAUACAAAGAAAGUUACCAGUGUUGUUUUCCACCCCUCUCAGGAGCUAGUGUUUUCUUCUUCUCCGGACUCCACAAUACGUGUCUGGUCUGUUCCUGAUUCAUCCUGUGCUCAAGUGUUACGAGCUCAUGAAGGGGCAGUGACUGGUCUGAGUUUACAUGCGACUGGAGAUUACUUACUCAGCUGUUCUGAUGAUCAGUACUGGGCAUUCUCUGAUAUACAUGUGGGCCGUGUACUCACCAAAGUGACAGAUGAAUCUUCUGGGUGUGCUCUCACUUGUGCCCAGUUUCACCCUGAUGGUCUCAUUUUUGGCACUGGAACAAUGGACUCCCAAAUUAAGAUCUGGGAUCUUAAGGAACGCUCAAAUGUGGCUAAUUUCCCUGGACACUCAGGUCCUGUAUCAUGCAUAGCUUUCUCUGAGAAUGGUUAUUAUCUGGCUACAGCUGCUGAUGACUCCAGUGUCAAACUGUGGGAUCUGCGAAAACUGAAGAACUUCAAAACACUGCAACUUGAAGAAGGAUAUCAGGUGUGCUCUCUGGUGUUUGAUCAGAGUGGUACAUAUUUGGCAGUUGGUGGGACAGAUAUUCAGGUUUACAUCUGCAAGCAGUGGGCUGAAGUUCUGCACUUCACAGAUCACAGCGCUCUUACAACUGGCCUUGCAUUUGGUCAGAAUGCCAAGUUCUUGGCCUCCACAGGAAUGGAUCGGAGUCUGCGUUUUUACAGUCUUUAAAUGGAUCAGAGUCUACUUUCUGCAGUCUAUAAUUUGCAUAUCUGUAUAACAAGCUUGCACCAUGCUUGUACUGCAGCAUUUCUGCAGUGUCAAAUAUUUUGGUUGUAUUAUCCUUGUUUUGCAGCUACUCAAUACAUGCACUUUGUAUAACAGCUCAAGCUGUAGCUUUUUACAUGAAUGCACAUACUGCCAGAACAAUAUACUUCAAAUAUUGCGUGGCGCUAGAAGUGUGCACUGCAGCUGUGUAGCAUGUUGGUAGUCUGAUCACUGGGGUUAACAAUCUCCCUUCUUUUCUUGCAAUAGCCUUAGUGGUUGUCUGCUAUAUCUGUUGUCUACAGCCUCUUUAUUCUUGAGCUCCUACUUACUUUUUUAGUCAAAAUAUCCUCAGUCUCAUGGUUCCUGAAUAGUUAAGUGUGAUUGUACCAAAUAUAAUAGAUCUUCAUGUUAUUUAAAAGGCACUCAACAAUCCUUUGCUUCAAGCCUCAUAUUUAGAACCGUUGCCUUUCUAAAGAGGAAGUUAUCUAUAGUAUUUUCUUCAGUUUUGCCAUCUCCAGCCUGUUUCAGGUUGCUUGGAACAAACUAGAUUUUCUAUAUUUUUAUGCAUUUUCCUUUAUAGUCCAGUCUGUCAGUAAAGUCAUGACCUGAUAAGGUUCAACCUGACAGUAGAAAGCUGGAAAACUGCAGGAUAAAUGUAUCUGGAGCUACCUCCAUUUGUCACAAAUCGGGCCCCCAAUACUGCCAACGAUAAGACGAUUCAUUAGGGCUUACAGAGAACUGUUGUCCUUGUCUCACAGGAUUUUCUGGCCAAUUGGCAUCUUGGUCUGAAGGGGCUGAAACAGCAGAUUAAAUCUUCCACAUAGGCUGCCUUAAGUCUGGGUGAACACUUUGAUUUGUAUUUUAAAAUUCUACACCACUUUUUUCAAUAUACAUUUUCCUCUUUAAGCUCCCUUUCUAUUCUGUUCUUUUAACCUCUGCAUUUUGUAAUGUUUUUCUUUGUAUUUCUAAGUAAUAAAAUGUGAUUUAAAAUGGU